AUGUUUCUGCGCGCGUACCGAACGAAGUCGACGAAGCUGAUCUCGAAGCAGGUCCGUACGAUACCCUACAGCCUUCGUCCUUCCCGCAGUCUGAACUUCUCUCCUUCAACGUGGAUAGAACUGGAUGCACUGGGCCACGGAUUCGAAGAAGAGGAAACGAUCCCGUCGUACCUCCAACCAUCGAACGUGACGGCUGAACUCCCCGACUUAAGCUCAUCGACGAACCACCCGUACUCGAAUCCGUGA